CCGGAGUUGGCAAAAUCCGGAGUAGGAUUCAUGGUCAUAGGUGUGGUGUGACUCUGUGAGUGAUGUCAGUACACACAAAAAGGACCCCCUAUUGUCAACUCGUCUUUGACUCAACUUGAGGUAGCAUUCAAUUGUUGCUCAUCUCUCUGUGUUUCCAAUCUGUGUCUGACAGCAAAAAGGCUGCAUAAGAUGCAAGUAUACCAUAUGCAGACCACAACAUCGUGCGAAUCAUGGGGCUCAAGCCCAGCUUUGGCUCAAGCUAAGAGGAGUUUCAGACCCGCUCGAAACUUAGCCUUGACCGACAGAGUACCACAUCAUCAGCAAACUGCAAGACAUAUUCCUGCAAAAUGGUUUGUUGGAGAGUUUCACUGGCAGCACAAACCAGCUUGGCGACACAAGCGUACAAGUGUGCAAGCCCAGGUGCAGGAUGCCCGGAUGCCGCCGCAAGCCAACAAGCGCAUGGCGCCGGAGGUCAGGUCCCAGGAGAUGGUGGAUCCCGUGGUGGCAAAGCAACUGGCACUGGUGCAGCUGGAGCAGCGGCGCAAAAGUAGCAGAUUUGCUAAGGAGCGUCAAAAGGAGGAGUUGAAUGGGGCACUAGCUCUCCUAGGAGUGGCAGCAGGACUGGCUGCUGAAGCGAACACCGGGAAGACAAUCUGCGACCAGGUCCUCGGCGUCCUUGAUACUACGGGAUUGAUGGCGGUGUGGCAGUGGAUAAUUACCUGAUUUUGAAGUUUUCGUAACCUCUUAUUAGAAUCAUAGAUUGAUGCAAGUGGAUCCGAAAAACUAGUGAGGGGAAGUCUUUCUUACGGGGCUGUGUGGAUCACAAUUCUCUUUCAAGUUCGUUGCAUGGUCAUUUCUUUCUCAUACAUGCUUAGGACGGGACCAGACUCGCUUUGAAAACAGCGCUCUCAUUUAGAGAAUGAACCUGCUCUUUUCCAACUUGUUGUGCACUUUCCAUUAUGCGAAUGUUAAGGUUAGUAGUGUAUAUAAAUGGUUCUUGUGAUUCAGUUUGAGGUCUGACA